GAUUGAAAUAAAAUUUUACAUUUCAUACUUUAUACGAAUAUUUUGUAAGGAUAUAUUUAUAAUUAUUACAUACCUUUCCCUGUCUUUUUAUAUGAUUGCAAUAGUUGCAGUAAAUAAAGCACAUUUAACUCGUAUUUUGGGUUUUGAAUGGUUUUCCCUAAAAUGUUGCAGAAAAUGAAAUUGUUUUAUUUUAUAAUCCAUAUCUCAACUUUUGUAAAAAAUAAUAAUGUGUUAAAACAAAACUUAAUGUUUUUUGACAAGAAGUUUAGGAGUUUCAAUAUGGAUCCAUACGUAAUUCUGCCCGAGGAGGAGUACCCUACUCUACUGGAGGAACUGAAAAAACAGCUGCCAGCCUCACUAAUGGCUUAUUAUCCAUUGAUGCUAUCCCAAAAGAAUCUGUUCAAAAAAUUCAAGUUCGUCCUCGUCGAUGAAUGGCCACAGUUUAAUUGCAUUUUAGAAGUGGAGAACUUGCCUGAAGACCUAUCCCCACACCGAGUGUACGGUUACUGUAGACGAGAGGAGUUCUGUGUUAUUCUAAAUCAGAUGAUUUCUCAACGCCUUCAGAAAUCAACAUCCAGCAUACUCCUUUUCGGGGGACCAAGGCAGAUGAAGGAAAUAUUAUCUAUGUCAGGAGAUGAAGAUGCUCACAACGCCACAAUUUCUACAUUAAAGUGCUUAGGUGAAUCUAAGAAAAUGCAAGAUACCAAACCGUCAUGGGCUGGAGGUUUUGAUACAUUAGAUCUUCUAAUAUUCGUUCCUUUUUUCUCCCCUGGCAAUGUUGAUAGCGAAGUUCCCUCACCUUUUACCGCCACAACCAUCAAGAGAGAAUACAUGGACUUGAUUCUAAGUCAAUGGCAGUACACAGGUAGUUAUUGUGACGCCAAAGAAUUCUUCACACAUACAGCCACCACUUUUGAAUCCGUGUGCAUCCUCAACGAAUCAGGAGAACCAGUGGCCUGGGGUUUUGAACAACAUUACGGAGCUAUCGGGAUGAUUCACGUAUUACCAGAGUAUCGGAGGAAGGAAACUCGGAAGUGCUGUUGUUUCUCUUCUCUCGGAGAAAAUUCUGAGGAAAGAUGA